AUUUGGUCUCGUCCAAACUUGCUUCGGAUUUUAGUUCUCGUCUAUGGCAUCGCAUUCAUUCAAUUGAAGGUGAAAGUCUGCUUGUCCCCACCAGCUUGUGCUCUCAAUGGCUUUCACGACUUCUUUUAUUUGAAUGCCUGGACUUUUUAUCAUUUCGCCCUGAGAAACCAAUAAUGGAUAUCCUAUGGAUUUUAUGGAUACUACCCACGGCACUGGCUGUAGAAGAAACACUGAUGGACUCCACCACAGCGACAGCUGAGCUGGGCUGGACGGUCUAUCCCACGUCGGGGUCAAGUGAAAACAGCUGGGAGGAGGUGAGCGGCUACGACGAGGGCAUGAACACCAUCCGCACCUACCAGGUGUGCAACGUCUUCGAGAGCAACCAGAACAACUGGGUGCGCACCAAGUACAUCCGCCGGCGCGGCGCGCAGCGCAUCCACGUGGAGAUGAAGUUCUCGGUGCGCGACUGCAGCAGCAUCCCCGGCGUGCCCGGCUCCUGCAAGGAGACCUUCAACCUCUACUACUACGAGUCGGACUCGGACACGGCCUCCAAGUCCUCGCCGCCCUGGAUGGAGAACCCGUGGAUCAAGGUGGACACCAUCGCCGCCGACGAGAGCUUCUCGCAGGUGGACCUGGGCGGCCGCGUGAUGAAGAUCAACACGGAGAUCCGCAGCUUCGGCCCCGUCUCGCGCAACGGCUUCUACCUGGCCUUCCAGGACUACGGCGGCUGCAUGUCGCUCAUCGCCGUGCGGGUCUACUACCGCAAGUGCGCCGCUGUGGUGCGCAACGGCGCCAUGUUCGGGGAGACGCUGGCCGGCGCCGAGAGCACCUCGCUCGUGCUGGCGCGCGGCGUCUGCAUCCCCAACGGCGAGGAGGUGGACGUGCCCAUCAAGCUUUACUGCAACGGCGACGGAGAGUGGAUGGUGCCCAUCGGACGCUGCAUGUGCAAGGCCGGCCACGAGCCAAUGGACAACGGCACCAUUUGCAAAGCGUGUCAGACGGGCUCCUUCAAGCCAUCCCAGGGUGAUGAGUCGUGCAUCCAGUGUCCAAUCAACAGCCGCACCACCAGCGAGGGCGCCAUCAACUGCGUGUGUCGCAACGGCUACUACCGCGCAGACUCUGACCCGCUGCAGAUGCCCUGCACCACCAUCCCCUCGGCGCCGCAGACGGUCAUCUCCAGCGUGAACGAGACGUCGCUGAUGCUCGAGUGGCGGCCCCCGCGCGAGUCCGGCGGCCGCGAGGACGUCGUCUACAACAUCAUCUGCAAGAGCUGCGGCGGAGGCGGCGGGCGCAGCGGCUGCACGCGCUGCGGCGACAACGUGCAGUACUCGCCCCGGCAGCUGGGCCUCACCGAUAACCGCGUGCACAUCAGCGACCUGCUCGCGCACACCCAGUACACCUUCGAGGUGCAGGCUGUCAACGGCGUCUCGGAUCAGAGCCCCUACUCGCCGCAGUACUCCUCUGUCAACAUCACCACCAACCAGGCCGCUCCGUCUGCGGUCUCCAUCAUGCACCAGGUCAGCCGAACCGUGGACAGCAUCACUCUCUCGUGGUCCCAGCCAGACCAGCCCAACGGAGUCAUCCUGGACUAUGAGCUUCAGUACUAUGACAAGGAACUGUCGGAGUAUAACGCCACCGUGCUGCGCAGUCAGACCAACACGGCGGUCAUCCGCGGCCUGAAGUCCGGUGCCAUCUACGUCUUCACGGUGCGGGCGCGAACCGUGGCCGGCUUCGGACGCUACAGCGGCAAGAUGUAUUUCCAGACCAUGACCGAAGCGGAGUAUAACAGCAGCAUCCAGGAGAAGCUUCCUCUCAUCGUGGGCUCGGCCGCUGCUGGUCUGGUCUUUCUCAUCGCAGUGGUUGUCAUCGUCAUUGUCUGUAACCGACGCGGCUUUGAGAGGGCGGACUCGGAGUACACGGACAAGCUGCAGCACUACACCAGCGGCCACAUGACUCCAGGAAUGAAGAUAUAUAUCGAUCCGUUCACCUAUGAGGACCCCAACGAGGCUGUGCGAGAGUUCGCCAAGGAGAUCGACAACUCCUGCGUCAAGAUUGAGCAGGUCAUCGGCGCGGGUGAGUUUGGCGAGGUGUGCAGUGGGAACCUGAGGCUGCCGGGGAAGAGGGAGAUGUUUGUGGCCAUCAAGACGCUCAAGUCGGGCUACACGGAGAAGCAGAGGCGGGACUUCCUGUCCGAGGCCAGCAUCAUGGGCCAGUUCGACCACCCCAAUGUCAUUCACCUGGAAGGCGUGGUCACCAAGAACAGCCCCGUCAUGAUCGUCACCGAGUUUAUGGAGAACGGCUCGCUGGACUCCUUCCUCAGGCAAAAUGACGGGCAGUUCACGGUGAUCCAGCUGGUGGGUAUGCUGCGCGGCAUCGCCUCAGGUAUGAAGUACCUGUCGGACAUGAACUACGUGCACCGCGACCUGGCCGCCCGCAACAUCUUGGUCAACAGCAACCUGGUGUGCAAGGUGUCCGACUUUGGGCUCUCGCGCUUCCUCGAGGACGACACGUCUGACCCCACCUACACCAGCGCCCUGGGCGGUAAGAUCCCGAUCAGAUGGACCGCUCCCGAGGCCAUCCAGUACAGGAAGUUCACCAACGCCAGCGACGUGUGGAGCUACGGCAUCGUCAUGUGGGAAGUGAUGUCAUACGGCGAGAGGCCCUACUGGGACAUGACCAAUCAGGACGUGAUCAAUGCCAUUGAGCAGGACUACCGGCUGCCCCCGCCCAUGGAUUGCCCCAGCGCCCUGCACCAACUCAUGCUGGACUGCUGGCAGAAGGACCGCAACAACAGGCCCAAGUUCAGCCAGAUCGUCAACAACCUGGACAAGAUGAUCCGCAACCCCAACAGCCUCAAGGCCAUGACCCCGCUCUCCUCAGGUGUUCACCUGCCUCUUCUGGAUCGCAGUGUGCCUGACUUCUCCAGUUUCAGUACGGUGGAUGAGUGGCUGGACGCCAUCAAGAUGGGCCAGUACAAGGACAACUUCGCCAACGCAAACUUCAACAGCUUCGACGUGGUCUCCCAGAUGACAAUGGAGGACAUUCUGCGGGUAGGCGUGACGCUAGCCGGCCAUCAGAAGAAAAUCCUGAACAGCGUGCAGAUGAUGCGGGCGCAGAUGAACCAGAUCCAAUCAGUGGAGGUCUGACGGCCCCUCCAGCCAGCCGUCAGCCAAUCCCACUGGACUCCCCGCCCCCUGCCCCUCCAAUUAAAGGAUUGUGUGGGGCUGGGUGGGUGGGACUGCCUCUUGUCACGCUGGGGAAAAAUAAUUCUAAAUUCCCCAACCACGGUCUUCCCAGUAGACCCUGGUUUAAGGGGGAACUUCUUCCAGUUGCCCCCUUUACUCCCUGCCCCAUACCUUUACUUUUUCUGAAAUUCACCCCUACCCCCCUCCAAUCCCAGCUUCUCCAUCUCCAUCCCGCCACCUGAGCUUUCCUUCCUCGGCUCUCUAGAGAAGCUUUGGCGGUGGGAGAGUUGGGGUAGGAGGGAGAGGGGUUCCUUUAGUCAACUAGUGACAGUUUUUUGUGACUUCCAUCCUUCCAAAAAAGAAAACAUCAUCUUUUAAACUUUGUGUGCCCCCCCCCCCCCUCCCUUUAUGGCUUUUUCCCAUUUAUGAUUUUUUUUUUUUCCAAAUUUUGUAAAGAUAAUGAAAUUUUUUGUAUUGAAAUUGAAAACAAAUGCUACCAGAACCUGAUGAAUCUAUAUAAAUCUAUAUAGAUGGUGUAAAAUUGUAAAGUAGGUGAACUGAAUCAAGAGGCUUCCCUUUAAAAGGGCAAUGGAAAUAAACAUUGGAAAGAUUUGGGGUGAGGGAGGGGGUCCAGCACUGCCCCCCCCCCCCCCCGAGAAUGGUUUGAAGACUUUCAAUAUUAUAUUUUAUUGUGGAAAUAAACUCGAAAGUAGUAGGGACUACGCCUCCCGUGGGGCUGUUAGUUGGACGGACUGCAGAUCCCCAGUCUCCCUCCGCCAGUAGACAUGGGAGAGAAACGAAUGGUGCACCAUGAGAAGGAACUUCCUUUUGGGCAGGAUCCACUGCCACAGAAAAUUGCAGGAACUAUUUGCAAAUUUCCAACAUGUGAACUCUUGAGAAAAAAAAAAGCAAACAAAACAAAACAAAAAAGAAACAAAAAAAACAAACAAU